CCCUAAUUUACUUCCCCCUUGCUGUGGUCCAGCAUCUGGAAUAAUGAUUACAUUUGAAAACAAAGCAUCGAAGGGGGUGAUUCACUUAGUCAGUUCCAUUGGUUCUCUGACCUCUGACUUACUUGGAUGGGAACAUGGCCUUAAAAAAACAACAACAACAACAAAAAAACAAUACAACAACAACAAAAAAACAAACAAACAAACUGCUGAGUAUUUCAGAUGUAGGUAAUGGGUCUUCAGCAGAAAUAGACCCCUAUGAGCUUAACUAGCAGUGUAGAGUGGCUUUUUUUUUUCUUUUCUCUUUUUCAAUUCUGUUGGCAACAAACCACAAACUGGCCUCUGACACUGAAUUGUUUUUAAAAGCUCAUUUUAACUCUCCCACACAUAAGUAGUGAGGAACUCAGGGUAAGGGUUUUCUACUGAGGACAUUUUCUUCUUCACAGCCGCCUUCUGAAAUGUGUGGAGCAACUGGUGAAUGGUUUCCUAGCUUUUCAAAGGUAAGUUGUGUGGGUUUUUCCCCCCUUUACAUAAAAAAAUAUUAGUUUUUCUACUUUUACACUGAUAAGAAAUGAUAAUAUUUUAAAACACUUCUUAUGAAAAAUGUAAACUGAAAAAGUAAAUCCAUUGCUUUUGUAUAGACUCUAGGCUUUAUUUGAAUUGUUAUAUGUGUUUUUUAUAGAUCUUCCUACAUUUUUGCUGGGUAGUAUUAAAAUUGUGUUUAGUGAUCAGUGAUAUUUUAAUUUAUGAAUUUUGAUAUCAUGUGUAUUUUCCAACACUCAUUUGUUAAUAUUUAAAAUGAUUUAUAGGCCAGUUGAGUUUUAUUCAAAUUUCUCUAUUAAAACAUGAUUUUAUAUUAAAAUAGGAUGAAGAACAUUUUUAAUGAGUAUUGAAACAGUGAGAUUAGUAUACAAAUGAUUUGUAAAUCUUAUGGCAACACUGUGUAUUGAAUGAAAUUUAUUAACGCGUUUGCUGCUGUUCUGUGUCAAUAGCUUGUUGAAGUGUCCAUGGACAAUUUUGGGUGAACUUGAUUUUUCUCUACACAGUUAGGUUAGAAGUGAGGAGGGUAUUACAUAUACAUUUACCAAAUACUUUUCUUUAAUGAACAAAGAUAUUUUAUUACCCAAAAGAAGUGGAUUAUUUCAAAUGAUGACUGUAAGUUUAAUUAGUGUAAAUCAGUAUGCAUCUUAAAUGUAAAAAUAAAAGUAAAUGAAUGCCUUUGAAAAUUAAAAAAAUUGUUACAAAUAUUAGUUAGUUAAUCCUCUAAAUGAUAAUUUUAGAUUUAAAAAUAGGUAACGCAUUUUAGAAAAAAUAAUAAUCUAAUUAUAAGUAGCUAUAAAUGGCAUAAAAUUUUUAAAAUAAAUUUGAAAUGUUUUUGCAUUGGAAGGAUCCCAGGACUUUCCAUUUCUUUCAUAGGUAAUUUUAGGUUGUCAAUUUCUUUUGAAAAAUCUAAGAAAAUCUUAUAGGACAUAUUGCUUUGUCCAUAAGUAAAAAUGAAAUUCUCAAAAAACUUUACUAGCUGAUUUUUCAAGAGUCUUUUAGAGUAUAUAAAUGAACAAUAUUAAAAAAAAAAAGAAACCUUUCUACCAAAAUCACUAUUGAACCAGAACAAUAAACCAGGUUCAGAUUAACAGAUAACAGGAUGGCCUGGGGAAAGCAGUAAAGUGAACAGUGGAUGGGGGCAUUUGUACAGAGUGUACCCACAACUUUGGAAUUCAUUUUGAAAGUCACAGUUGAUGCUCUUACCUUUAGUGAAACUUAUGAUUAUUUUCUCUAAAUUUGAAAUUUUUGUCUUUCUUUUUUUGUCUAUUUUGCUAUUUACUGAAGGAACCAAUUAUUUUACUGCUUUGUGAUUUAAUCCAAGACUUUAUAGUUAGUUUACUAGAAAUUUCAAGUUCAUGAUCUGAUGGAGUGGCUCUCUCACCACUGAACAAAAAUUUAAUAUUACACAUGCAAUGUGUACAAAUCAGACAUUAUUGAAACUUGAAAAUAUUUAUGUAAUUUUUAUAUAACCACAUUUACUACAGUUUUCCAAAUUACAUUAUUGGGCAACAUGAAAUUAGUCAUUACUACAUUAAAGUUGCUUAAAAUAAUGUUGCAUAAUGCUUCAAACUCAUUGUGUGCAAAUUUAACUUCUUACAGUGUUUGAUUUCAUUGCACACUUGCAAUCUUUCUUAAUCUAUGUCAUACUCAGAGAAAAUAGAAUAAAAAUAAUUUGCAAAAAAUCCACAACUGAAUACAUAUUUCCUAACUUCAGAUUUUAAGCCCUGAAAACCUUGCAGUAAUAUUCUAACUAUAGUAGAAUUUAGAGUAUAGAAAGAAAUACUAAUGCUACCUAGGUUCAAAUAAAUAUUUGUACAAAUGGCUCACAUAUAUAGUUUCACUUAAUUUCUAAGGUUGAAUCAGACAGAAUCCAAUUAAUUCCUAGCUGUAUUCAUUGUUAACAAUUUGGGGACACAGUUUACAGAAGUUAUAAAAAUUGAUUCUCAAGCUUAGGGAAGCAGAUGAUACUUCUUGGAUCUUCCAUUGGAUGUUCUUGGAGUUCAUUGCUCACUAAUGAAAUUUUCCUGCUGUUCCGUUUAAGUCAAUUUGUCAAAAGGAAUCAGUUCAAACCUACAGUAAUUCCAAGUUAAGCCUCUAAAAGAUAGACUUAGCUUUGAAGGAUUUGGGCCAUUAUAUGUGUAAUACAAUCUAUUAAUUACAUAAGGUUAUCCCCAAGACAAGUUUUUAUUGUAAUUCAAUAAGUUUAAUUAAGUGAAAUGAUUCAUUGACACUACAAAUAUCUGUUUAUUUAUUCAUUUGUUAUUGCUGUAAAUGGAACCCACAUAUAAUCUAUUAGGAUGCAAAUGAACAUGUGAGUAAGACAAAGGAUUCUGAUGACUUGAAUUAGAUGAGAAUUUGGAGGUCACCUUAUCAAGAAACUUACAAGUUUUCUGCAGAGCCCUUGAAUCCUGAAGUGAUGUUUGAAAGCUGAUGUGAGUCACAGCUGAAAGCAAGAUCAUAAUUCUUACCUUCUACGUUUUAGCCCUUCUCUAAACUGAAUCAUACGGGCUAUUAAACCAAGGAGUUCUAUGUCCACACAUAAUUUUAUAAAGAUUGGCCUUAGGCCUUUUGUUCUAGUAUGAUCAAGUACUAUCAGAUAACUGAACACCUUCCCAUAGAGAAGUUUUAAUCCAGCAACAUGGCUGCUUUAGCAAGAGAUCAUACGCAAAGUCCUCCUAUAUCUCUGUGAUCUGGCUGGAAUUACAGAAAUAUCUUUAAUCCCAGGAGACAAGCAGCUCUCUUGGGUUCAAGGAGUUUAAGACCAGCCAGGGAUAGAACAAGUUUAACAUUUAAAAAAAAAAAAAAAGCUUAGGUCCAGGCACUUAGGUAAAUGCCUUCAAUCCCAGCACUCAGGAGACAGAGGCUUGCAGAAACUCUGGGUUCUGAAAGUCAAUCAAUUCCAUUGUAUCAAUGAGUUGAGAGGCUCUGCAGUAGAAAGUUCUUGGCAGUUCAGUUCAUGGAAUUCAGAGUCACUUUUACUGGUAUAGUUUUAAAGAGAAAAAUUGUAGGUGAAGAGAGAAGGAGCCAAAGAAUGAUAAAGGGAAGAUGAGAACAGAUUGCAAGAGUUAGUUUGAGGCUAAGCAGAGAAAUUCAGCUACAAGCUGAGAGAAGCCAGUUUGAAUCAGUCAGUCUUGAAAAGAGUUUUGGCCCCGAAAACUGAGUUAAACCAGUCAGCCAGAAUUCAGAAAGAGCUAGAAAGUGUAAACUUAUUCAACAGUAGGCCUCUGAGAUGACAAAUACAUCUGGCAAAUAAAAAUUACAUUUACACCGUACUAUGAAUCUAUUCUUAGAUGUAUAUGUUGUCUUCAUAGAAUAAUGGCUUUGUAAAUACCAAUAGACAGGGUGGAGAGUAAAUGUGUUUAAAGGACAUAAUCAAUUCAUUUUGAAAAAAUCCUGUACUCACAUUUCAACCUAAAUUCAAUUUAUUCAUUAAGUUACCCCUAGUUGUAUUUCCACAUUAGGUUAUCAUGGGUAAGUGCUGCUCUUUUCUUGGGUAAGGAAUGUAAUGGAAGGAGCCUGUGCUUCAAAGUCCACAAUAGGAGUACUCUGCCAAUCUGACAACACCGGCAAAAUAAUAAUAAUAAUAAUAAUAAUAAUAAUAAUAAUAAUAAGAAGAAGAAGAAGAAGAAGAAGAAGAAGAAGAAGGAGAAGAAGAAGAAGAAUAGUAAUGAUACAACUUACCAUAUAGAAGUCAGUAUGAAUUUCUGAAAAACAUAUCUAUAUGUAUUUUAUACACUGAAUAGGAUGUAGCAGCUGACAGAUUUGUAGCUGGUUGAAGCGCCCACCUCGACCAGCAAGGAAGACGCAACACCAUUGGAUUCUUCUCAACAGCCUUUAUUGCAGGAACACCUCAUUCUUGAUACGGGGGACCCGGAGGAACAAAGGCACCAGCCUUAUAUACAAGACUGACUGUGGCUGUAAAUUUGUCCUCUGGGGAUUGGUGGAGUAUGAAAUACCUUAUUAGCAUGAAUAUCACUCCAGUCUGAUAACUGCUGGAGAAAUGCCAACACAUGCAUAUUGCAGGUGUUUAUCACUAACGACCACCGGAUUUUGGCGCCAUCUUUAGCCGCUCCCUACAUCUCCCUCUUUUUUGUUUUCUAAAAAUGACUGGUCUAGAUCUGGGUGUCACAUCAAUACAUGUCAUUGCUCCUGCCUUAGGUCAUUCCUCUCCAAGACUCGGCCUUACCUGUCCUUGGGUAACCCUAUCGCCACCGGGCCCCUGUCUUAGGUUGGUCCGAGCCUGAGGAAAGUUGCCCAUCUCUGGAUACUAUGGCUUCAUAUGACAGUGACAAAAUACAAUCUAGGGCAAACUCUUAAUUUUUUAAAAAGGCCAGCCAUAUGUUGGGAGAAGCACCACUUUCAAUGGCAGCCAUAGCCUAGUAAACAAUCGCUUUGUGUCUGGCAUGCUCUCAUUGUAAAUGGCAAAAGAGCCAUAGACAUACUCCAUAUCCCAAGAGGACAAUGGCCACCCAGACAAACAUGCCAGCCCAUUCUUUAAAAAAGGAGAAAGCAUUGGUAAUCCAUGAGGUGAAAUCUCCAACUGUGAUGUGUUCCAUUCUAGUGUUGUUAAGGACAGCAAUCUGCAUCAGCAAUUGUCUCGAUAAUUGCUCUGCUUUCAUGGACCAGUUUGUGUUCAGAUAAUUCGAGAUUUCUUGGCUCCAUCGAGAAUACUGAGAAAAAUUAGCUUGCAAAGGAGUAAUACAUGGAAAACUACAAUUAUGUAUCCUAAUCAAAGUUGUAAUGUUCAACUCAGCAGAAUUAUUGAUUGAUGUGUCUCCACUUCCAGAAGAGGCUCCUUGCAUAAUUUGACUCAAAGCAGCCAGGAUGGUUCCAGUGCCCAUAGCACUAUUGCUCACAGGAUCUAACCAAUUAGCCAAUGUGGUCCUUCGCAGCCAUACACAAGGCUUGGAGGAAUUUUUAAGAGUGAAACAUAAUGUAUGUAAUAAAGAAAUAUUAGUGUCAGUAUACCAUUGGGGCAAUUCUCCAUUUGGCACUAUACAAGGAACAGCACGCAAACAGGAGGUGGAGAUAAAGGUUGGCAAAACAGUAGAAUUGCUAUGAACUGGCAUAAGUACUGGCCAGGAUCUGGCAAUAGCCGACAGAGUAAGUGAAUCAACCUGGAUUACCAUUCCGAGUAGUAAUAGUAGAGUUUGUAGUCUCAUCUUCAUGAAGAGCAGGAGGCACUUUGCGAGUCAAACGUUCAGGCACCCAGAUCGGAUUGUCGUGAUUCUGUGGAAAAACACAAACAGCUCCGCUAGACCUCAAAAUUAUGGGAUCUGGGCCACACCAUUCACCAGUUAAGACAUCCUUCCACUUUCCAUCUGUAUUAGUCAUAGGUUUAGUAGCAGCAUGGCGAUCCACAGCAAAGCGGCCAUGCGCAUCCAAACUUAAGAAAUUUAGAGUAAAAAGAGCUAAAGAAAGUUGUUCUUUAGGUGUUCUGCCAUAGGCAAUUCCCCCUUUUUGUUUUUGUAAGAGCUCUUUUAAGGUACAAUGCGCGCUUUCCACUAUUCCUUGACCUUGGGGAUUGUAUGGCAAUCCUGUAGUAUGUUUGACCUGCAUUGUUUGGCAAAAUGCCUGAAAGGACUUUCCAGUGUAGGCAGGUCUGUUGUCUGUCUUGAGACUAUCAGGCUUUCCCCAGGAUGCCCACGCCUCUAAGCAAUGACUAAUGGCAUUAUGAGCCUUUUUACCAGUCAUCAGAGUGGCAUGUAUAAUACCAGGAACAGGUAUCAACAGAAACAUGGGCAUAUUCUAAAUUUCCAAAUUGAGAUAUGUGUGUGACACCCAUCUGCCAAAGUCUUAAUGGGAGCAGACCACGAGGGUUAAUCCCCACCUGAGGAGGGUGGUGAAACUGAACACAAUUUUGGCAACUUAGCACCACAUCACAAGCUGCAGCUCUAGAGAUUUUAAAUUUUUGUUGAAGAAUGAAAGCAGGAACAUGAAACUUUUGAUGAAAUUAUCUAGCGAGAUCAACCGGAGGUGUAUGAAAAAUAAAUUCUCUACGAGUACUAGCAUCUACCAGGGCAUUAUUACUGGCCAUGGGACCAGGCAAAUUAGAAUGAGAUAGAAUAUGUUGUAUGAAAAAUUUAUUUUUUCUGGCCCAAAUCAAUUUUUGUAAUUCUAAAAGAAUUUGACAUACAGUACUAGUCGACCUAAUUGGCCCUGUAAUUUCAAGUGAGCACACAGCAUUAACUAUAUAAGCAGAAUCAGAAAUUAAUUUAAAAGAAUCAUGAAAUCUUUUAAAAACUUCUAAUACAAUUUUACAUUCUGUAAUUUGGGGGGGGGGUGCUUGGACUGUAUUGAAUUAAUACUGGUUCUUGAGAAUCAACCAUAUAGGCACCUACAUCUGUUUUGGAGCCAUCUGUAUAAAUAUCUAACGCUCCAGACAAAGGCUCUGAGGCAGUGACCUUAGGAAAAAUCACUGGAUGUUCAGUAAAAAAUUGUAGCAAAGGAUCCUUAGGAUAAUGAUUGUCAAACUCUCUAUCAAAACUAUAGCGUAAUAUGGCCCAAUCAUCUAUCAAGGCACACAGUGCUUCCACCUGAGUUGCAGUAUAUGGUAUAAUAAUUUUCUUGAGUACAAUACCAAAAUUCUGAAUGCAAGAUUUAACACCUAACAUAGCAAGCUGUGCAACAGCAGAAGGAUAAUAUUCAAGGGUCUUAUUAGGAGAAAUAUGAGGAUAAAUCCACAGAAGCGGUCCUUGUUGCCAUAGUACUCCUGUAGGCUGAUGAAAAGUUCUCAGUAUACACAAAAGGAGAUCUUCCUUUUCCUUGUACCUUCUUAGCAUUGCCUUUUCCAGUCUUUCUUCUACUUUCCUUAAAGAUAAUCAUGCUUCCUUGGUUAAAGCAUGGGGUGAAGUAAGCUGAGAAUCCCCUUUCUGGAUCUCAUAGAGUGGUUGUAAAUCUACAUUGGGCAUUUUAAUAUAGGGUCAAAUCCAAUUUAUGCUUCCUAGUAAUUUCUGAAAGUCAUUUAAUGUUUUUAAAUGAUUUUUUCAUCAAGUGGCUGACAAAAGAAUUGUAACCAGUUCACCUGGGACUUUCAGGACCUCAGUAACAGCCCUUUAUCAAACUGUCUCAGAGGGCUAAAGGCCCAUGGAAAAGAAAACAUUAAUCUUGACUUUGGCCACAGCCUCUAAUUGGAGUAAGCUGAAGAGCCGGUAACAAGACUUUCUCCUCUUAUCAUCUUAAAUUAAAACCUGUUCUGUCUGGAAAAACAAAGUUAUUCACAGUCUGUUGUAGUUUUUUUUGAAACUAUUUUAGUGGUUCCCCUGUCCCCAAACCUGGGGCAUUUUGACCACAGGGGCAGGAGCUGGCUGCUGAGGGGAUAGGAUCAAAGGCACUCUGCAUGUUAAUGAUGACUAAGGAGAAAAGUAACUUAAUGCUGGAGACUGACUCCUCUCUUGGAAUAAGGCCAGCAGAUAAGGCAGGUUCCCUUAAAGAACUUCUCUUUAAUGAGCUCUCUCUUUCUGUGAGCAAGUGUUGAAGGACAGGCCUUCAACUGGCAGCAACUGGAAUUUUUUUUAUUUUAUUUUUUUCUCUGACCUUGUUCUUUGAGGGAUGGAUAAAUUCCUUUCUUGUUCUUGUUUUCCUUAGAAUCUUCCCCCACCUCACUCUCAGCAUUUCAGAUCAUUCUUCCUGUAGCAUUUCUAACACAGCCUGUCCCUUUAAGGUUCCUUGAUCCCAAGCAAAAUCUAAAUCUUUCCCAGCUUAUCUCAGCUGUCCACCAUGAUAUUCCCAGAGACAGCGAACCAAGGUGCAAUGGCUUCGCAUUCACUAAGAAAUCUCUCUAUAGUGCUUUUUUUCAUCCUAAGCCUUUUUCUUUCAAACAGCUCUUGAAGAGCCAGAAAAAUUGGGUGAGACUGAGAAGUCUCCAUGCUCACUGCAGCAGCUCCGCAGCUAAUUUCGCUCCCCCCUACUGUGUGGGCUGCGAGCACAAGCACAGAUAAAACACUAUGCUUCAAAAAAUAAUGUUGGCUAUCAACCAACACACCGUCACUAGAGCGAGGUACAUAAAAUUAAGUUUCCUACUCACUACACUUACUCCAUAGCUGGAGGCCUUAUCUGGGGAACUUUUAUUUAAGAGUGGUUUCUUCCUCAAGGUUCUUUGUCUCGUUUCCUUUCAAUUUUAAGCUUAUGAUGACCAAGAAGCUCCUAAAGAGCUAACAGGAGCAGGGUGGAGUGUGAGUUUCCCAUGCUCUAUGAACCUAUUUACAAUUGAUUUAUGAGCAGGGCAAGCUGGCGUGUAUAUUUACACACGAUCUUGUAGCUCAUCAUUAGUGGGCUCUUCCCAGCAAAUGUACUCCUGUCCGGGACAGUAGCAAUUCAAAAGAAAAACAAAUCCACCACACAAAGAAGAAACAAAACUACAAAUCCUAGACCACAGACUUUUUAAUCUCUAAACCAAGGCUUUCAUCUUCUCUGCUUACUCGAGAGAACCUUAUUGUCCUAUUGGGGAAUUCUAUAUUCCCUUAUCUAGGAGCUUUAUCAUCCCCUAUCUGAGAGUCUUACCGACAUCGCAGUCCUGAAACUGAAGAGUUCUGAAUCCACACGAGAAAAGAGAAUUUUUUUGGGUCUCCGUAUAUGGCCACCAGUUGUUGCGCCCACCUCGACCAGCAAGGAAGACGCAAAACCAUUGGAUUUUUCUCAACAGCCUUUAUUGCAGGAACAUCUCGUUCUUGAUACAGGGGACUCCGAGGAACAAAGGCACCAGCCUUAUAUACAAGACAGACUAUGGCUGUAAACUUGUCCUCUGGGGAUUGGUGGAGUAUGAAAUACCUUAUUAGCAUGAAUAUCACUCCAGUCUGAUAACUGCUGGAGAAAUGCCAACACAUGCAUAUUGCAGGUGUUUAUCACUAACGACCACUGGAUGUCGGCGCCAUCUUUAGCCGCUCCCUACGGCUGGUGACAUUUUAAAAUAUGCCAUCUGAGCCCCUCUCCUCUUUUAGGUUAGUUCAAACAGUUCUCUGGUCCUGAUUACUCUUUAAUUUCUAAAUUUCAAUACUUUAAGCAGGAAAGUUUGAUUGCAAAUAAUAUCUUCACUAUAGCGCAUUAGCAAAAUGAAUGUGAAGUUAGAAAAUAGACAAUGUAUAAUAUGAGCAGCUGUGCUAUUGAGAAAAUGUAAUCUUCUCAGAUCCAAAUUGUGUAAUCCUUAAUAGCUAAAUUGACAGACAGGAGUUAAAAAGACUAUACAUUUCUCUGAAGAUAAGUUUGGAUGGACAAGCUACUGGCUAGAAUGAGCUAACCUGAGCAUCUAUGUCCUCAGGGCAAUGAAACACCUUCAGUUUUAGUCAUGUAUGAAAAACCAGCCAAGAUCACCCUAUAAAUCCCUACUUCCUCAUAAUGUUAAGGGACUAAAUAAAUGAUAAUCAGUGGAAUCUAGUAAAAAAGGAUAUUUCCUAUUUUUAGGGCAAACCCAGAAACUUUCCAUGACAUGAUGGAAUGAUAGUGACUCAGUCAUUAAAAACAUGAACCAAUGGACACUCUAACUUCUUCCAUCCUUCAAAUAUCAGCACAUGGUUGAAUGUUAGAUAAAUGCUUAUAUCAAGGUUUAACAUCAUACUCUAACUAAAUAUAUUUCUUAAUACUCUUGUUUUCUGACUCAACAUCAAUAGGAUAUGUGUAUGUUCUCACUUCCAUUUGAAGCAGACACAACUCAAACCAUACCCUCCUCUAUCUGCUGAUUUCUAUUCUGGUAUACAUGUUUCAUGAUUGAUUUCUUGGCAAUGGAGAACAGGCUCUGUUUCUUGGGUGCUCCAGUAGAUGCUGUUUAAACUUUGCAUUUCUUGUAGAAACACUUCGCUGACAUGCAUAGGAAUAUUCAAUAAGAAAAACAUGUAGAAAUGGCAUUCUCACAAUGCACAGGUGCAUCUCAAGUUCAGAAGGGAUAUUAUUCUAAUUUUAAGGUCACUUUAUACUCUACUUGUCAGAAUUAUAAAUGACCUUACUGAAUAAUUUCUACCAUUUAUUAAAAUAUGUCUCUCUCUCUUUAUCUCUCUCUCUUUAUCUCUCUCUCUCUCUCUGUGUGUGUGUGUGUGUGUGUGUGGUGUGGUGUGGUGUGUGUGUGUGUGUGUGUGUGUGUGUGUGGUGUGUGUGGUGUGUGUGUGUGUAUGUGUGUCUAAAACUUUCAGGGUUUAAUUCUCUAUUUCUGCCUUGUAGAUGCCAAUCAACAUAUCAAACUUGGCAGCAAUUGGGCUUAUGCGCUGUGCCAUCUCCCGGCCCCAAAUGAAUAAUUUUAAUGAUGUUCAUAUUGGCAUUAAAUAACUUCCCAACUGAAGUGACUCAGUAUGUGCUUUGACUUAGAUCUAAUUAAUUAGUAUCUACCAAACUUCUAGAACACACAGGAUUUCCUGUCCCAGUUCUAUGAUCAUGGGCCACACUUUCCUAAAGAGGUCUCCUAAACUUCUUUAAGAAGUGUUAGGCAGAUAUGUAGUAUGUCGGGGACAAAUGUUUCUGGGUGUGAAUACCUUGCUGUGCAUUCACAGUUUGAUCUCGCAGGCAACAACUUAGAAAAUGACCAAAAAGAAAAAAAAGGGGGGUGAAUACCAUUUCUGCUACUCACAUGUUAUGUUGCCACUUCCACUUUAGAUCUGAUUUUGAAACAUUAGUAAAGUCAAGAUAAGAAGAGACUGAAUAUUUAUUUAUGACCUCUGAGAAGGAUGCAGAAAUGUCAGGUUUAUUUAAUCUCCAACCUUUUAUUUGUGCUGGCUGCUGGAUCCUUCUGUUUGAUUUCUGCCUCAUAGGUAUGACUUCUUCCUUUACAGCUGGAAGAAGUCCAGCCUCCUCCCCAGUCCUUUGGGUACCUGAAAGAUUGUUUCAGGAAAUGUCUCAGACCUUCCAGUUGCAUGAAGAGAGUAGGCCUAAGUAAAGGGAAGCCCCAGGGAUUGCAGGGGGAGUACAGUUGCCAAGAAAGGGUCUGGACUGUUUAUGCUUCUCCAUUUUUGAGAAAGGCUUAUAGUUGUAUGCAGAGUGUUUUAUAAGUGCUCUCUGUGUGCCUUAUCUUUUCUUGGUUCUGUUGACAUCUGUGUUCCUCUUGACAUCAGGCGUUUUGAUGUAACACAAAACUGUUACAAAGUACAAACCACAGAUAUACCACACCAUGAAGGGCAAAACACAUCAUAAAGAUGUCACUGAAACCCAACUUCGUCUUCAAGCAUUGAUGAAGAAGACACGAUUUUAUUAGUUUUGUUGCAGUGGAAUUCAGUAAUUCUGUAAAUUGUUUCCUUUCAAUGUUAUACAAUAGCCACAUAAAAUAAGAUGUCACAAAUUAAACUGCCCACAUUGAGUGUACAAGAGCAAUACUACUGUAUUUGAGAGCAUUGACAUGAAUCUCUACAUAGGAAAGAAUUAAUGCUACUACAGUUGGAUAUGUAAAAUAAUCUUUGAGAAUAAUGAAAAUCAAAUAUGUACAUAUACUAUAAAUAAAUAUAUAUAUAUAUAUAUAUGUAUGUAUCUUCAAAUCCUUUAACCUAUGUUUUGUCAAAAUCAUUGAUAAUGAGAUUAGAAACCAUAUACUUUUAAAAGUUUCUUUAAUGUCUUCCAUACUGUAUGGAAAAAAUAUCAGGCAUGAGCAUAAAAGUUGGAAAAGAAGUAGAAUUUUCCUUAAUGCUAUGAUUGCAUGAAAGAAAAUGCUAGUAUUAAUUUUGUGAUAAUGUGUGUUUCCUCUGCAUUUGUGUCUUGACAGGUAGCUUACAAAUGAUUCGAAGUGUUGAAACUUUCUUAGUCUCAAUGGACUAUUUCCAACACUACUCAGAUACUGCUGUUCAUGCAUGAAUUAUGUAUGUUACCAUUACCGCCAUGGCUUAGUAGACAAGGCAUAUCAAUCCAGCCACAGUUGUUUUGCAGGAGAAUUCGUGGGAGAGCAUUGAGGGUUCUGUUUCAGUGGAGAAACUAGAUAGGGAGUGAAGGUAUAAAAAAAACACGCAUACUAUGGUAAUGAGUAUUAGGAUGGGGAUGUUUAUAUGGCUUUCCUUAGAUAAGAUUAGUAUGUCGAUCACCCCGGGAUGAAAAUAUAAAACAGAAAAGUUUUUAAAAAAAACAAAGCAAGCAUUCUAUAUGAUGUUGCUUCCACUUCUUGUGUUUUUUUGUGAAAAAAAAAAAAAACACGAGUAGGACCCAGAAAAACAGCAUGUCAUAGCAAACCAAAAGAUUUGUUUGUUGUUAGUUGACAAAAUGUUCUGUAUCAGUUGCAUGAAUUCUUUGCACUUUGAUCUUUUUGUGCUGAUACUCAGGCUUCUUUUUUUAUGACCUGUUUCUAAUAGUUGAACCAGGCCACGUAGAAAGCAAGUGCUCUCCCUUGAUUCUGCUGCAGGAGGAGGAGAAUGGGCUGUGAUCAGAACUGUGGGCUCAUUGCCGGAGCCAUUAUUGGGGCUGUCCUGGCUGUGUUUGGAGGCAUUCUCAUGCCAGUUGGAGACCUGCUCAUUGAGAAGACAAUCAAAAGGGAAGUUGUCCUUGAAGAAGGAACCAUUGCUUUCAAAAACUGGGUGAAAACGGGCACCACUGUGUACAGACAGUUUUGGAUCUUUGACGUGCAAAACCCAGAUGAAGUGGCAAAGAAUAGCAGCAAGAUCAAGGUUAAACAGAGAGGUCCUUACACAUACAGAGUUCGUUAUUUAGCCAAGGAAAGUAUAACUCAGGACCCCAAAGACAGCACUGUCUCUUUUGUACAACCCAAUGGAGCCAUCUUUGAGCCUUCACUGUCUGUUGGAACAGAGAAUGACAACUUCACAGUUCUCAAUCUGGCUGUGGCAGCUGUACCACAUAUCUACCAAAACUCAUUUUUUCAAGGUGUGCUCAACAUAUUUAUCAAAAAGUCCAAGUCUUCUAUGUUCCAAACACGAAGUUUGAAAGAACUCUUGUGGGGUUAUGAAGAUCCAUUCUUGAGUUUGAUUCCAUAUCCUAUAAGUACCACAGUUGGUGUGUUUUAUCCUUACAAUAACACUGUAGAUGGAGUUUAUAAAGUUUUCAAUGGAAAGGAUAACAUAAGCAAAGUUGCCAUAAUUGAUACCUAUAAAGGGAAAAGGAAUUUGUCCUAUUGGAAAAGUUAUUGCGACAUGAUUAAUGGCACAGAUGCAGCCUCCUUUCCACCUUUUGUUGAGAAGUCUCAAACACUGAGGUUUUUUUCCUCUGACAUUUGCAGGUCCAUCUAUGCUGUGUUUGAAUCUGAAGUGAACCUUAAAGGAAUCCCCGUAUACAGAUUUGUUCUUCCAGCCAACGCCUUUGCCUCCCCACUCCAGAACCCAGACAACCACUGUUUCUGCACUGAAAAAGUAAUCUCAAAUAACUGUACGUCGUAUGGUGUGCUGGACAUUGGCAAGUGCAAAGAAGGAAAGCCUGUGUACAUUUCUCUUCCACAUUUCCUACAUGCAAGUCCUGAUGUCUCAGAACCUAUCGAAGGCUUGAAUCCUAACGAAGAUGAGCAUAGGACAUACUUGGAUGUGGAACCCAUAACUGGAUUCACUCUACAGUUUGCAAAACGACUGCAGGUCAACAUACUGGUCAAGCCAGCUAGAAAAAUAGAACCACUGAAGAAUCUGAAGAGACCUUACAUUGUACCUAUACUGUGGCUAAAUGAGACUGGGACCAUUGGCGAUGAGAAAGCAGAAAUGUUCAGAAACCAAGUGACCGGGAAAAUAAAGCUCCUGGGCCUGGUUGAGAUGGUCUUACUUGGUGUUGGAGUAGUGAUGUUUGUUGCUUUCAUGAUUUCAUACUGUGCUUGCAGAUUUAAGAAUGGAAAAUAAGUAAGUGCUCAUCAAAGUAUGUAUCAUUUCAUCAAAGUAUGUUUUCAUCUCAUCGAGAAGGGAUUAUACAUUAAAGCACAUAUAUACAUUUCUGCACAUGUUUAGCCAGCUAUAAUGUCUUAAUAUAUCCCAACUUUUGAUGUUAUUGUUGUAAAGAAAAUUGAGAAGCAAAUGAUUAUUGAAAUCAUCAUUACCACAGGGAAAUGAACACAAUUAUAAUUUUUGUCCAAAUUAAUACUUGCUAAUUUCUUUUAUUUUAAGAAUUAUUAAAAUUAUACCUUAUAAAAAUUAUAAUUAUAAAAAUUUUAGUAGAUAGAAAUUUAUAAGAACAAGAUGUAGAUGUAGCAAUAUAUAGAUUUUGAUUAACAGAGGCAAAAGAAAUUAUUACCAUAAACCCUGGGUGGAUGCUUGUAGAUGCUAGCCUUUCUUAUUCCCAAGUAGAGCUUAAUAGCACAACAUGCUGAUGAUGAAUUAAAAGCCAUUUUCUGAGAAUUAGAAUAAAAAAUUACAAGAUAAUAGUAUAAUUAAUUGAUUGAGUGACUCAGUUUUGAGAGAAAGUAUGGUAAUGUGGAUAAUACAUAAGAGUCUUGGCUAAAUUGUACAGGGUGUUUUACAUAGUAAUGACCACUGUGACUAGAUAUCACUAUCCAUGUUUCUCUACAUGAACAGAAAGGGAAGCUUAGCAUACUUCCCCUAGCCUAAGUGGAAAUAAACUUUGAAAUAUAAAUCUCCAAUUCUAUUAGAAAAAAUGAUGAGGAGAAAAUGCUUAGUUUGAAAUUGUAUUCUACUUAAGCCAAAAAUUAACCAUAACCUUUGUCUUGCAGAAAUUUUGAUUUUAAUCCCAAUAAUUAAUAUUGAACACAUACCGAUAAUGCUAAAUAUUUUACAUGAAUUAUCACAUCACUCCUGUGUAAGUCUCCAGUAACCUGGAGUAAAUACUAUGGUAUUAUUCCCUGGAGACAUUCUGUAAGAUUAGAACAAAUGUCACAUUGUCCAUGUUGAAGUCUAAGAUAACCAUGUCAAUGUUUUCUAAAGUAAUGUGGAAGUUAGCUAACAGUAUUUAUUGUAUGGGAGUUGAGCAUCUUUAUGGUGUGGAAAAAGCAACUCAAUGUUUUGUUCUGGAUCAUUUGUUUCACUCUAAAAUUCUUUUGAGCGCCAUGUGUUUAAAAUGUUAACAAGACAUAUGAACAAUGUAAUGCAUAAAAUAUGAGGCAGAGACAUGGCAGUUGGUUAUGAGCACCAUUGCUCUUCCAAAUGACCCUUUCCCAGCAGGUAGCUGCUAACUCCAGUACCACUUGUUGGCCUCCACGGUCAUUGACACAUACAUGACGAUGGACAAAGAGACGUGCAGGCAAAAUACCCACGCACAUAAAAUGAAAACUUCUCAAUCAAUUGCAUGAAAGACAUUUAUUCUCAAUAAAAUAUGAGAAAAAUGUCUCCUCCAAAGUUAAAUACUUUAAUAUUUCUCAUUAGCCCAUCAGUGUUAUAAUGGAAUGCAUGUGUACACAUAUCAAUAUCAUAGAUCAAACAGAAUAUCCAUUGAAAAGUUAUCAAAUCCCUGCUCAAAUACAAAAGCAAGUCUGUAUAAGCUACUGGUUUAUUUAGUUAAAUGAAUAACUUCAUCAAUGUUUAAUGAUCCUUGAAUAUAAGGUUUCUUAGGUUCAUAUAGUACUAAUUGAUAACAGAAUUAAAAGCUCUUAGUACCUACAUCACUGUGUCUAUUUAAUCCAUGCGUUCCACUGUUUUAAAGACAGAAAUAUAUCACCUCUUAAAGACCGUGCUUUCAAAAAACAGAUUCUUCCUUGGCAAUAAAUUAACUCUACUAGACUCACAAUUAUGAGACUCAGGUUUGAUGAAGCAAUCAUUUUGUAAUAUGUUAAAAGUUAUGUCUCUGAGAAAAGUUGUGCACAAUUUUAAGGGGGGUUGGAUGUACAAAAUGGAGUUAGGUAGCGCGCUAGGGAGAAAGUGACUUGCUGCUGGGGAGACUACAGUAAGCUCAGUUGAAAGCUGUACACGUAUAUCUCUUCAUGGAAGGCAGUCUUGAAUGUAUGAGGGUUGUCAGUAGCCAGUUUAAUUGACUACCCUCCCUGCUCUCAGUAUGCUUACCUCUUGGGAGUUAAGGAUGCAGCUUUCUACGUGUCCUUCUUGAGGAGGAGCAUGUAUCUCCCUUAAAAUGAAACUGAAAGGUGACUUCUCUCUUUAGCAUGAGAUACUGUGCUGCAUAACUGAAACUAUCAUAUCUCGAUAGAAUAUGAUAUGUAUGAUGUGAUAUAUGUGAUAUAAGACUAUUUUGCCUUUUUAUUAUCUCACUGCUCUCUGAUUGGUAAUGUCUCUUCUGUAGUGGAUGAACCUACUUUAUGCACUAGCUACAUCUUUGGUAAAACCAAUCUCCAAAACGAAGACUUAAUACAUGCUUGUUUUUAUAAAACACACCUAUCUGUAGUUGAAGAAAUGGUGAUGUGCGCUCUCUCUCUCUCUCUCUCUCUCUCUCUCUCUCUCUCUCUCUCUCUUAUUGCAGAUAUAUAUUUAUUUAUAUACUGCAAUAAGUAACAGCAUAUUUCGAAAAGAUUAAUAUGUCACUAAGCCUAUAUUUUUUAAUAAAAUCUUGUAUUUUUUCAAGUCCAUCAUCUGCAACUGAGUGGACUUCAAUUUCUGCAGAACCAAUUAUCUUUUUUGGUUCUGAUUGACGAUUUAUUUUCCCUGUUGGCAAGUUUCAAGAAUGUAUAUUCUAAGAAAUGUUUUGCUCCUCAUCGAAGUAAACUGUUAUCAUGUCUGGGGUGGCCCUUUCAUUUAUAGCAAAUGUUCCUUGUGACUGUCAGCACAUGAUAUGUCAUAAGGAUUAUAUCAUUUUAAAGAUUUAAGGAUGAAAAAUGAACAAUUCACAUAUGAACCAUUGUUGAUAUAUUGUUUAAUCCUCUCCCUCUCUGGUGUCCUUGGCAACAACAAGGCCAGGUAUCACAGAUACUUUUUUCUUUUUACUUUCUUACACAGAGCUUAUAUGUUCUGUUCCUCGCCAUGAAAUGAACUAUUUUUAGCACAUUUUAGCUCUUUAUUUUAAGUAUGUUGUCAAGUUCCAUGCUGCCUAGCUCUUUUAAAAACUGAGUAGGUUUUUCUCUUUCUGCUCAGCUGCAACUAAUGUAACUUCAGAGAGCUGUUAUAGUGUUAAAAGAUGUAAUUUAUUAUAAAUGGAUUAUGAUAUAGAAUCUUACAAAAGCUAGAAUGGGCUUUAAAUAUAUAUUUGUGGUAAUAUAUUCUGCUUUCAUAAUCACCCAGAAAGAACUGGUUUCUAACAUUAAAGAUGUUCUUAAGUUCAAAUGUUUUCUCUAGUUACUAUUGUAUCAUGAUAUGUUUUAUUAUUAUUAUUAUUAUUAUUAUUAUUAUUAUUUGUGGAAGUAUUUCAUCUGAAGUCUUACAUCAUUCUGAAUCAUUUAACCUGACUUCUCUGUCUUAAUCCAAUUGGAAAUGGAUGUUUUGCUUUAAUUUUAUAGCAGGAAUGUAAGAGUGAAGGCUAACGUCUUUCCAGGACACAGUGAUAGUUGCUUUGCUUCCUUUAGCAGAGUAACCUAUUUCAAAGAAUAUUAGUCCCAAUAGAUUCUAGUAUAGAAGACAAAAUAAAAGCAAACAUUUGUGUUGUAUACAUAGAAAAAGAAAGGAAAAGGAACUCUCUUGACUAGAUACAAAACUUAUCAAAAACAGCAUGACAGUUUGGGGCAGGACUGCUGGGUCAAUGGUUAGAAGUGCUUGAGGUUUCUACAGCAGACCUGAGUUUGGUUCUCAGCUCCUAUAUGUCUGCUCAUAGCCUCAUAUAACUCCUGUUUAGUUGCUACAAUGCCUGCCUCUCCUCUGCAGCCUUCUGUGUGCAUGUGACACUUAUACAUUUAUACACUCAGGCAUGUAUGUGCACAUGGAAUUUAAGAGGGAUGGAGGAGUGUAUGAGAAGGUUGUAGGAGAGAAAGGAGAGUGGGAAAUUAUGUUAUGGUAAACCUCAAAUUUAAAAGAAACCUUCUCUUUCUCUCACUUUCUUUUUUCUUUUUCUUUUUUCCUGCUUUUUGUUUCUGUUUUUGCUUUUGUUUCUGUGUCUGUUUUUGCUUUUGGUUUUUUAUUUUGGCUUUUGAUAAAGAGUUUCUCAGGGUUGCCCUGGUGGUCCUGGAACUUGCUUUCUAAGACUGUGGACCAGGCUGGUCUAGAUUUGCCGUCUCUGCCUCCUGAUUGCUGGGAUGAGAGGUUUGCACUGAGUGGUAGGAUUAAAGGCAUGCAGCACUCCCAAAGAAACAAUUUUAAUAAAUAAACGGUAAAAUUUAAAGAACUUUAAAAAGUAAUCACAUAGCAUCUAGGUGUAAGUUUUCAGGUUUAUUUGUAAGUUCUAUUAAAAACCUCAGGUUGAGCUAAUAGCUCUUAGGAAGGAUCUUCCGGAUAUCUGAAGGUCCUCAAAACAAAAAGACUUGCGUCUUUUCUUUUAAUUAGGAUGGGGAAAUCAUUGCUCUAAGAUAUUGAGAGAAGUAGCUUCACCAGAGUUCAGAAAAAAAGUGCGAUCACAUCACACGCCUGCAGUACAGGAUUAACGAAAGAUGCAUUGAAAAAGGAAGGAGAACAGUUCAUAUUACUCCCAUCAGCUUUUUGGCAAAUUCACUGAGAGAAUCAUGGGCAGAAAGAAUUUUUACCUACAAGGGAAAAUCAGACUUUGCUGUAGACUUUAACAUCAGAUGUGCAACAGUAUUGGGAGACACCUGUCUUACAUGUCUCAUAGAGAAAGCUGAUACGUUCUCCAUGACUAGUGAGUCAAGCACCCCAAGUUCCAUGAAGGUGGACUCUAUGUACAGCAUGCAGCAGUCUAGGAAAUCAUGGUGGCAUUAGACUUCAGGAGAAAUGCAACGAUAUGGAGAUUUCUAUGACUAUGAGCUUCAGACAUGGCCCAGUGUGCACUUGCCAGUGGUGACAUGGUUUCUUUGUGUAGCAUUAUGGACUUCUAGCAUCUUAUAACACUGAAACAGGCAGACAAAGUGGCCCAAAUACAGGUCAUCUCUGUGCGGAUUCUUAGCAUAGCAUUUAAUGACAUUUUUACACAGAGUCUAUAAAGAAUGGACAAAAGUGUUCCCUUCCUCAAUUGUGUGAAUGUUGGUGCAUGAAGCACAGUGCUAAAACCAUCAGGAAGCAUGAAGUGUGGAAACAUGCGGACAUGGACAGGCUGCUUGGUAAGAAUUCAAAUAGCUGGCCUAUAGAUGUUGCAGCAAAUUAAAAAUAUAGAGAAACAACUGAACUCAGUAAGAAAAAUCUAUGUGAGCAGUUAAAGUUUGAUAGAAAUUGAAAUAUCAAUAACAUUCCAAGAUAUUGGAUCAAAGAAAUACAAGAGAUAGGAAAAAAAGAGUGUCAGGUAUUGAAGACAUGAUAGAAAGAUGGAUAACUCCAUCAAAGAAAUGUUAUAUGAAAAAUACUGGCACAAAAAUAUCUAGAAAAUCUGAGAACAUAUGAAAAGACCAAAAAUAAGCCAAAAUGAGAAUAAUAAGAAUACAUGAAGGAGGAAAAAAAAUAGGUCAAAGGCACAGAAAAUAUUUUUAACCAAAUGAUAGAAAAAAAUGAAAAAAAGGGCCCCAAUUCUAAAGAAGAACAUGUCUACCAAUGUACAAGAAGCAUACAGAACACCAAAUAAACUGGACUAGAAAAUGAUAUAACUAGAGCACACAAUAAUCAAAAGACUAGACAUAUAGAACAAAGACAGAAUAGUAAAAGCUCCAAGGGAAAAAGAUCAAGUAACAUAUACUGACACGCCUAUUAGAAUUUUGCCUGACUUCUCAAUGGAGACUCUAAAAGACAGAAGGGCCUGAAUAGGUGACUCUACAGACUCACAGCACAGAUGCCAGCACAGAGUAACAUACCCAGAAAAACUUUCAAUCAAUGUGGAUGUCCUAAUAAUAAACAUGAGCGACUCUAAAGUCUCCUAAAGCUGAUAAACACGUUCAACAAAGUAGCUGAAUACAAGAUUAAGCAGAAAAACCAGUAGCCCUCCUGUAUACAGAUGACAAAAGACCUGAGAAGAAAGUCAAGGGAACAAGGCCUUUCAAAAGAGUCUUAAACAGCACAAAAUGUCUUGAAAUAACUGUAAUCAAGCCAGGGAAAAGCUAUGAUAAAAAUCUUCAAGUCUUUGAACAAAAUAUCAGAAGAUGGAAAUAUCUUCUUUGCUUGUGGAUCAGUAACAGCCACACAGUAUAAAUGAUUCUACCAAAAGCAAUCUGUAGAUUCAAUGCAAUUCCCAAUAAAUUCCAAAACAUUUUUUAUAGAUCUUGAAAGAAAAGUUCUAGUUUAAUGUAGAAACAGAGAGAGAGACAGAGACAGAGACAGAGAGAGACUGAGAGAGACAGAGAGACAAUACUGAAUUAUGAUAAAUAAUAGAAGAACUGCUAGAAGUAUAAACAUAUACUUCAUGGAUAUAGUAAUAAAUUACAAAUUCAGAAACCUAUGAAUACCUCAUUUUUUGAUAAAUAGGCCAGAAAUAUAUGAUGGAAAAAGAAAUCAUCUUUACCAAAUGGUUCUAGUCAAACUGGAUGUCUGCAAGUAGAAGAAUGCAAAUAGAUCCAUAUCCAUCACCGUGCACAAACAUAAGUUUAAUGGGGUCAAAGAGUUCACUAUAAAAACAUAUACUGAACCUGAUAGAAAAGAAAGUGGGAAAGAAUCUUAAACUUAUUGGCACAGGAAAAGAUGUUCUCAACAUAACACUGUUAGCAUGGCAAAGGACACUGUUUAUUUUAUAAUGCAGCAGCCUAGAGAAUGGGAAAGAUUUUUACCACCUGUGCAUUUGAUAAACAGCUAAUAUUCAAAAUACAUACUCAAACAACUAGGUACCAAGAUACCAGACAACCCAAUUAAAAAUGGAGCACAGAUAUAAACAGGAAUUCUCAGAUGUGGAAACACAAAAAGUGUUCAACAUCCUCACAUAUCAAAGAAAUGCAAAUCAAGAUGACCUUCCAACUUUCCUGAUUCAAGUUCCCAUCUUAUCCCUGUCAGAAUGAUUAAGAUCACUAAAACAAGUGACAACUCAUGCAGGUGAGGAUGCGAAGUAAAAGGGUCACUCCUCCUGCGCUGCUGAUAUGCUUGUGAACUAUACAAUCACUAUGGAAAUUAGCAUGGUGAUUCCUCAGCAAACUGGAAAUUUAUCUAUCUCAAGAUGCAACUAUACUACUCUUAGACAGAUACUCAAAGGGUACUUCAUCCUACCAUGGAAUCAUUUACUCAACCACGUUUUUUGCUGUUUUGUCCAUAAUAGUCAGAAAUUGGGAAAAACUUAGAUAUCCCUCAACAGAUGAAUGAAUAAUGAUAUGAGGUACAUCUAAAAAUGGCCUAAUACUCAGUAAUUUAAAAAAAUGAAAUCAUAUAACUUGAAGAUUUAUAGAUGGUACUAAACAAAACUCAUUGAGUAAGGUAGCUCAGAUCUAGGAAGGUAAGUCUGCUGUAUGUUAACUUAAUUCACUUAAAGGAAUAUUAACUAGUAAGUAAAUGUUAACCAAGCUGUAAUCCAUAGAUCUAGAGAUCUUAGGUAAAGGGGAGGGGUCUGGAGAAAAGUAGGGAUCUCCCUGUGACAUUUAAAUACAAUAGAUUUUACAGACAGGCUGGGUGUGGGUGGGAAUCAGAGUUCAGUAAUCAGAUGGAGGGAUAUGAGGUGGAGAGAGACUGGGGGGUGUUGCGCCCACCUCGUCCAGCAAGGAAGACGCAACACCGUCGGAUCCUUCUUAACAGCCUUUAUUGCAGGACCACCUCUUUUCUGAUAUAGGGACCUCAAGCAGCAAAAGCGCUCGCCUUAUAUAGACAGCAGGCUGAGGCUAUGCUAAUUGUCCUUCAGGGAUUGGCGGAGCAUGAAUCACCUCAUUAGCAUGGUACUGCUCCCUCAUUAGCAUAUUACCAGCCAACUGAUACCAGGUGCAAAGCCUGCGCAUGCGCAGUACCGUUGUUAACCACAGGAGGGUGCCCUACAUCUCCCCCUUUUUUGUUUAAUAAAAUGACUGGUCUAGAUCUGGGUGUCACAUCAAUCUUGUCAUUGCUCCUGUCUUAGGUCGUUCUCAUCCAAACUCGGCCUUAUCCGUCAUAGAGUUACCCUAUCGCCACUGGGCCCCAAGCUUAGGUUGGUCCAAGCUUGAGGAAAGUUGCCUGUCUCUGGAUACAAUGACUCCACAUGACAGUGACAAAAAUAAUCUAGGGCGAACUCUUAAUCUUUCAAAGAGGCCAGCCAUAUGUUGGGAGAAGCACCCUUUUUAAUGGUGGUCAUAGCCUGGUAAACAACCACUUUAGGUCUGGCAUGUUCUCUUUUUAAACAGCCAAUAAGCCAGAGACCUACUCCGCAUCCCAGGAGGACAAUAGCUCCCCAGGCAAACAUGCCCGUCCACUCCUUAAAAAGGGAGAAAGCAUUGGUAAUACAUGAGGUCAAAUCUUCAACUGUGAUGGGGUCCAACCUAGUGCUGUUGAGGACAGCAAUCUGCAUCAGCAAUUGUCUUGAUAGUUGCUCUGCUUUCAUGGACCAGUUUCCUUUCAUGUAAUUCAAGAUUUCUUUGUUGAGAAUGCUGAGAAAAGUUAGAUCGCAAAGAAAUAAUGCAUAAACUCUAAAGGAGGAAAUGCAGGACAGCUGUAUCAUAUGAUACAGUGCUUCAGUUUGUUCUUGAACUAAAUCUAUGAGGCAGUGACCUUUGGAAAAAAUCACUGGAUGUUCAAAGAAAAAUUGUAGCAAAGGAUCCUUAGGAUAAUGAUUGUCAAACUCUCCAUCAAAACUGCAGCGUAAUAUGGCCCAAUCAUCUAUCAAGGCACACAAUGUUUCUAUCUGAGCUGUUGUAUAUGGUAUAGUAAUUUUCUUGGGUAAAAUACCAAAAUGCUGAAUACAAGAUUUUACGCCUAACACAGCAAGCUGUGCAACAGCAGAAGGGUAAUAUUCAAGGGUCUUAUUAAUCCCAUCUCUUUCCACACCUCUGGGCAAAAGGAAGUAGGUUUUGUAGGCUUCACCAUGCUUUUAUGUUGAGGGUUAUAUGGAGGUGCUGUUGGUAUAACCGCUUUCUUGCCUAAUUGUCUGCCUCAUUGCCACGUGCACUAGCAUGUGGCCAGUCUGGAUCAUAUCUCUCCCUCUCACACUGAGCAACCUCUUCCUCAAGAUCAGCCUCAUCAUCCCAAAAUCCAGUCUCCAAAACACCGAGUCUAUCCUUCAUGCUACAAGGUUUGACUGCCAAUUCCUACAUAUGAAUGCAUGAUGGUGUGAUCUCCAAUACCUCAACAAAGAGACAUUGCCUUAAAAUCUUUUAGAAUCCUGAUUUCUAGGAUAAAAUUUCCAUAAAAAUAUCAUCCCAAUUUAGACCUGUUUCCCUAGAUUGGCUCAUGCCACAUGUUGUCUAGAAUGACUCCGUCUAAAUUUACUAGUUUUAUGUCAACUUUCUGUUACCAAUGUUACAUUUUUUAACCAUAUCCAAUAACUUAAAAGCCAAUGGUCCAUAACCAAGGCAUGUAGAGAAUAUUUAUACAUUUAAAACCAGUCAGAAAACAAAAUUGAAGUGGCUACACAUACCUUAGCUACAGGUGCAAGGCUCCAAAGGCCGAUUGAAACUGCUUUUUUUUUUUUUUGGUUCUUUUUUUUUUUUUUUUUUUUUUUUGGAGCUGGGGACCGAACCCAGGGCCUUGUGCUUCCUAGGUAAGCGCUCUACCACUGAGCUAAAUCCCCAGCCCCGAAACUGCUUUUUUAAGAGAAGCACCUUGUCACCUGCUAAAUCUCCUUGAGACCAGGAAUCCAAGUAGGCACACUCUAUACAAUUUUCAAGACAAAAGUUUAUCUUUUUGUUUGAUUCUCCUGAAUAAAAUUUUUCAGGUUAUCUACGUCUAUCAAAUCUGAUCAGUAUGACUCUGUGAGGUUUCCAGAGCCUAAUCACAUACCUAGCAAUA